UGUAGGCCUACUUUUCAUUGACUAUUAAUCCCAGAUACAUGAAACUUGAGUAGACUAUGACAGCAUUUUCAUAUUUAUCGUGGAGAGAGUAAAUGAAGUUCAUAACGAAAUCUAAUUAUAUGGCGCGUCACGGUUAUUCGUCCAGUACCGGUACCGCACAUUGAGAAGUUUAUUGUCAGGUUGUAGAUGUACGAAUAUUGUUUGACUACCCUAUUAUAUCUAAAGUAAUGAGUGCUGUCAUACGAACCAAUUUCUAUGCGGGCGAAACAAAGAAUCAACUUCGAGAUGGAAUUGGAAUUUAUUAUUAUGCAAACAAAUUCUUUCGUUACGAAGGUGACUGGUUCAAAGGGAAAAAACAUGGUCAUGGAAAACUUAUCAUGGCUGACGGGAGCUAUUAUGAAGGAGAGUUCAAGGAGGGUGAAAUAGAGGGACACGGAUUCCGUAAAUGGCAACAAAGUGGUAAUUCAUAUUCUGGUGAGUUUCAUUUUGGUGAGAUGCAUGGCCAUGGAGUAUUGAAUUAUGCAAAUGGAAGCCAAUAUAAAGGUGAAUUUUCUAGCAAUUGCCGACAUGGAAAUGGUGUAUAUCGGGAUGAACAUGGUAAUGAGUAUGAAGGAUUUUGGUAUAAUAACAGACAAAGUGGACAUGGUAUUUUAACAUUUAAAAAUGGUGAUGUUUAUGAAGGUGACUUUGUUAAAGGUAAUAGACAAGGACACGGCCUAAUGCGAUUUGCUGAUGGCGGAUUCUAUGAAGGCCAAUGGCAUGCAGAUGUAUUCAGUGGUGAAGGUAAAAUAUCCCAUUGUAGUGGUAUUUCAUACAGUGGUCUGUGGCUCAAUGGAGAGCCUGCAUUAAUUGCGAAAGAAAUUGCUCCUGCUGACAGUACAACAGGAAAUCAUUGUCUGCAAGGACAAGCUUUUAAUUUGAAAUUGCAAUUACUUGAUCGAAAUGGUAAUAUAUUGAUUGAAGAAUGUGGCAGAAAGUUUGAAAUUUCUGCUGGAUUUAAAUAUGUUCCUCAAAGCAAAAGCAACCAGUCUCUUCUAGAACUAAUAGAAGAUAUAGAAGAAAAACCUAUAUCAACUCCUUUCGGAUAUGAUAUUUUAUCGUAUCCCAUUGUUGAGUUGGAACCAUACAAUGGGAAAGACGAUAUGACAUCAAAGGUCAUAAGACAGAGCAGCGAAAGUUUACCAAAUGUUUCAGAAGUUAGUGAAUCAAAAUCACAUGAAGACAAAUCAGACUGUGAAAUAAAAGAUGAGAGUUUACUUAUAAAGCAACCUUCAAUAACAGAUUCAACUGUUUCCGUUGAAUCUAGAUCAUGGCAUAAUCUGACUACACCAACUAGAACAGUAUAUAACGGAACUCUUGGAUUUGACAAUCUUUUUUUGCCUUACGUUCCUCCCAACAACAAAGUGCCUGAUGAUGCUAAAUCUAAGAGGUCAAAGGGAAGCAGAACAGCAAGUGCAGUAUCUUCAUCAAGUUCGGAGGGUAAAAUUGUCACUUCGAAACAAAAAGUUUCAUCUGAGAAAGGUGCUAAUCCUGGAGAAUAUGUAAUUAUUGUUAAAGAGAUAACUGAACCUCCUUUUUUAGGUAACAGACUUGAAAUUUUUUUCACAACCGUGACUGUUUCGGCUCCUAAACAGCUUCGAAAAUCUAAAACUAAGGUUGCUGGGAACUAAAUUCUUAUCUAUUCUAUAUUUUAUUUCGUAGAAAAUUUUAGAUUAUUUUUUCAUAAAUGGAUAUAAACACAUGUGGAAUUCAAUAUUCAAUACUCUAACAUGAAUAUUCCAUGGAUUAUCUUUAUAUGUGUUUAAUACCUUGCAUGGGUUAAGACAGGUUCAAAUCUUAUGUGAAAAA